UAUCACUCAGAGCAACUCAAAUUUAAGCAAAUAUUGAUGGAGAGUCAGAACCCCCUUCUCGCUUAGAUUACAUCUGAAUUAAUUCCAGUCAGACAAAUUUAUUAGUUCUCAUUUCGCCUUCAACUUCAGUGUCAUAUUUUUCAUAAAUUUCUAUUUUUCACAAUGUUACUUUUCAUGAAAUCAGAGUAAUCAGUGAGUGUUUAUUUUGUGGCUUUGACCGGUAAGAUUUUGUAGUGGGUGGGAAUUACAUCAUAUUUUGUCUAUUUCACACUCUUAUGUGGGGUACCCGUGGUAACUGGAACUGACUUGCCAAGGGUAUUGAAAACCAUCGAAUUAAUCAGCCAACUGUUCUGAAGACAAUUAUUUGUGACUUUCAUCAUGCUUUUUUUGCAAGUACAAAUGCAGAUUGAAGGAUAUUGACCCGCAAGGUCCGUUCUUCUGAAAAUAAUUUACAUUUGUCUGAUUCAAAAUCACCUGCAUUUUCUGACAGUGUCAUGAAAUUUUGGUGAGAAGUAUGAAUUUUGGUAAUGAAUUGAGCUUAAGAAGAUAAGAAGUUUAUACUUGUGUAAAAAGUUGUUAAUUUGAUACAGAGUGCGCGUGUCACGUCUAGGAUCAAUUCAGUUGGAGCUGACGAGCCUGCAUAUUAGCCGCUACCAACACCUGUGAGGUGACCAGACUAAUAUCCUUUCGCCACCUGUGUCUCCCACCUCUUCACCAACAAAAGAAACACGAUUUGUGGAAAAGUGUGUGUGAAGGAUUGGAGCAGUCAGGAGCGAUCAGCCUCCAAUCGGAUAAUUUGGAAUUCGAUCAAACAGAAACACCGUGACGAUGACUUCUAAUUGUGUCACUUUAUUUUGGAAAGUCUGUUUUAUGAAAGGUCUCUGUUAUGAUGGAAUAAGGGUAUUACUAGCCGCUUCUUGUUUUGCUGAUUCUGUUUUGAUAGCACUCGUAGCUGGUUGACUACAAGCGAUGAACCGAGCGCCUGUGACGUUCAGGAAGGCCAAUUCAGCCUGACGGGUCACUCUAUAAACACGCGUUUGUCAAGUGUUAAGAAUUGUAAUUAAACUCCGGUCAACGGCGACGUUAACGCCAACAAAGGAACUGGUGCCACCUUCAUUAUGCAACAUAAAGCGUGCCCUUUCUAAAUGCUCGCCGUUCCCUCGUGUUUUGAUUGGAAAUCGUUGCCACCAGUUAAGGGAAUCUCGAGUUUCAGCCGUCUUGAAAAAGUUAGGUUUUGACCAGUGAAGCAAUUUUUGCGCUUUACAUGGCAGCAUAGUUUAAUCUGUUUCUUUGCAAGGCGUUAAAACUGCACAGAAUUAGUGCCUGUGUGUCGGAACGUGCACUGUCAUUUAAGGUUCAUUUAAAUGGCUUUGUGACCAGGUGGGUUGGCCAGUGGAGGUUUAUUUGAAUUUGUAUUGUUUAGUUAUGGGUCUUUUAAAUACACGUGCGUCCGUUAAAUCCUCAUUCAUUUGCACACACCGUGCAUCGGGUUGAGAACACUCGAAUGCAUCCUCUUAUUCCAAGCCGCACGAUGAUGAAUCGUUCUCCCCAACUCGAUCUUUCACCUUGUUCUUCGCCACUUGUCUCGUUUAAAGGCAGUUUUGAAUUCCCAGCCACGCCAGACCUUUGGCCCUCAUUUUCGUUCCCCACGCCACCGACUUCGCCUGUGGAAUGCUGCAGCAACUGUCAAGAGGUAACGAAAGAAAUGCGCUGGCACGCCGCCACGGGUCCGUGGGGAGAACUGAGGAAAAUCUCGGACGAAGAACUCGAAGUAGACGAUGUCCCAUUCGAAACUGCGCGGGAAUUGUGCGGACUGCGCGCCGAAUCUCCCGCCAUUCUCAAUGACAUAAUGUGGAGCGGAGAUCGAGUCAGGAGGCCAGAUUCCACCACCGAUUUCGAAGCUCGAUUUAGUUUGUCGUCAACUCCGACAUGCUUCGAUCAGCCGAUUAGCCACACUUUUGUGGAGCCGGAGGAGCUGUUUUCCUUCUCAUCGCUAAGCCACUGUAGUGAUCAGGACCUAGAUAUGUUGGACAGACUCGCAAAUGGUGAAGCGGCCUUCGAUAUUCCAUCAGAGGACCUAUCAUCCGAAACAGAGGAGGACGAAAUCGACGUUGUAAGUGUCACUGUAGACAAAACAGAGGAAAAGGCCGCCGCCACCACCUGUCAAAGCUCAGACACCACCGGGCAGGAAGACAGACCGAUGAAUACCCCAGCAAGACAGCGCUGGUCAAGAAGAAAAAACCAAGAAUCAUCUGAGCUGGGAAACGAAGAUGGAAAUGGACGUAUUUCACACAAUGAUUUGGAACGAAAGCGACGCAACGAUCUACGGAAUCGUUUCCAGUGCCUUCGCAAAAGCAUCCCAUCGUUACAGGAGAGCGAACGCGCAGCUAAGAUAACAAUUUUAAGGAGAGCAGCGGAACUUAUUCCUUUACUCCAAAAGGAGGAGGAGAAAUUACUGGCGCUUAAAGGGGAAGAAAAGAAACGAAAUGCUGCCCUUUUGAACACUCUCAUGAAACUUACAAAAAAACAAGAGAAGAUGAACGCAACUUUCGUGCAAUUUCAAGAGUGAUUCUGAAAAAGAGUGAAGUAUUUUAUUUUACCUUCAAAAGACAAAGAACUUAGUUCCGUGGGGCAUUUUAGUGUGGUUCUUGUAUUUCUACUUUUCCGUUCACACUUCACUUAUACAUAGAUCUUCCUACUUUAAACACUCUUCUAAACCGUGUUUAUUUUGAAAUGGAUUUUUUGUAUACACAUGAAUACUUUUUACUGUUGGUGAUUUUUUUACCUAGUGCAGAAUGUUUAGUCAGCAUUGUUCACGGAGUCAUGUUGUACUAUGAUUGAUUCAAGUUAUCAAUUUAAAACGUACGGGAAGCACUAAGAUCUAAUGAGAGGUAAUUAACAAAAGUUCUCUAUUCAAUGACCUAAUGUUUGUAAGAAACUUAAAAAAAUCUGUACCGGCUCAGGUUGUAGAAGCACACAAGAAUGAAAUAACAAAAAAUAAAACCAAGCAAACAAACAAACAAACUAUAAAAAAGAGCGAAACGAUGAUAACAACUGUAGUACCGAGGGGGCUUAACUGUGAAGAGCAGCUAAAGCGCUCUUCAAGACACUUCCCAAAUAUUUCUUUGUGAAUUAUACGUAAUCGCGUAUAUCGACCUGUGGUAUUGUGGAUUCUCAGUUGUAACUCGGUUGGUUGAUGGCAGCCUCGUCCCACUUUUGAUCUGAUCUUUACUUUAGCCUGAACGCAGUGUUUACUCCAUCUAUUUUGUUGUUAGCAUGGUUGUCUUAAUGGUGGUACAGUAACAAAUUUUAUUGUUUUUGCUGCUAUAUCUCGCAACUGGGACGUCGAAUGAAACAAUUAAAAGUUGCCUUAGUGGGCGCGACAUAUCAUAGCCAAAGCCCUGAUGAAACCUUUCUGUUUCCUGUUCAUCUCAAUACAAUUUAAACCAUCGCCAUAAGGUUUCCAUGGAUACACCAUUUUUCACAAAAUGCUGCUCAGACCACGUUCCAUCUGCCUACUUACAAAAAAGAAAAACUUUCUCGUCGCACAGGCACACCAAGUUGGUGACGGAAAGUCAACUAGAGCAAUUUGUGCAAAAAUUCAAAAUUCUGCGAGUUCAGAGUUACGUUCAAAUGGUAUGAAAUGUUCA